AGCUGCAGGACUCUGUGUUGUGUUGUACGCGCGUGUUCGUAUCUGGCAGCUGCUUUUCAUCUGCGCGUAAAGAGCCCCGGCAGACAGAGAGAUAAGGAAAAGUAAAUAUCAGCACCUCUGAAUUGAAUGGACCUUUAAUAAAGGCCUGGAUUACAUCUGGGAACAUUUUUUGUGACACCUUAUGAGCCGUCGGAAGCCUUCGACUCCUGUUGAAUUUUAAAUUUUGGGGAUCUGUCCAGACUGGUCCAGAUGUUAAUCCACACCUAUUCGGCUAUGGACCGCGCAGACGGACUAAGCGGCUCUUCGCCGAGCGGGCGCCUUUCCCAGCUGUCCUCCCUGAAUCAGGCCGCCUACUCCUCGGCUCCCCCGCUCUGCCACACUCCGGCCUCAGACUUCCAGCCACCCUACUUCCCACCCCCCUAUCCACAGUCUUCACUGCCAUACUCUCAGAGCCAGGACUCUGCUUAUUCCCACCUGUCAGACCCCUACCCCUCCAUCAACUCCAUCCAUCAGCACCAGCAAGCAGCGUGGCACUCGCAGAGGUCGCGCUCCGAGGAAGGGGGGCUACUGUCACAGUCUCACCGGGCUUUGAGCCUGGACCCCCGUCGGGAGUAUCCAGCUGUCCCGCGGCUGCUGCACGGUCUCGGGGAAGGGGCUGCAGCGCUCGGAGACGGUCCUCUCGGGAUGCACCUGGGACAUCACGGCCUGGAUGAUCUUCAGGGAAUGGAGGAAGGAUCAGCCUUGGGCAUCCUCGACCACUCUGUCAUUAAAAAAGUUCCCAUCCCGUCCAAGCUGAACGGCUCGUCCCUGUCCGCCUUGUCCAUCGGUAAGGAGGGUCUCGGAGUGGGGUCCGUCUCCAACCCGGCAGAGGUAUUCUGUUCAGUCCCAGGUCGCCUGUCGCUGCUCAGCUCCACCUCCAAGUACAAGGUGACAGUUGGGGAGGUGCAGCGACGCCUCUCCCCACCUGAGUGCCUCAACGCUUCUCUGCUGGGAGGAGUCCUCCGCAGGGCGAAGUCAAAGAAUGGUGGCCGCUGUCUGAGAGAGCGUCUGGAGAAGAUUGGCCUCAACCUGCCCGCCGGGCGACGCAAGGCAGCCAACGUCACUCUGCUAACAUCUCUAGUGGAGGGUGAGGCCGUCCAUCUGGCGCGGGAUUUCGGUUACGUGUGUGAAACAGAGUUCCCAGCCAGAGCCACGGCCGAGUAUCUGUGCAGGCAGAGCGAGCCGGACCAGCUCCCAACGCGACGCAGCAUGCUGCUCGCCACCAAGGAAAUCUGUAAAGAGUUUGUGGACCUCAUGUCCCAGGACCGCUCCCCGCUCGGUGCCAGUCGACCCACCCCCUGCCUGGAGCCGGGCGUCCAGGGAAGCCUCACCCACUUCAGCCUGCUUACCCACGGCUUCGGUGCACCCGCCAUCUGCGCGGCGCUCUCCGCCUUUCAGAGCUACCUGAUGGAGGCGAUCAAAUUGCUGGACAAAGGAGAGGGUGGAGGGAAGAGCCACCACGACAAGGAGAUGAAGCACCGCAAAUAGAGGGAGGGGAACACGUGUGGAUGAAUGCAUGGAUGGAUGGAUGAGAGGCAGAAGAAAAAGAAAAAAGAGGGAGAAAAGACUUGAUUGGCGCCCUCUGCAUCUUUACCUUUGCCCUCAGGAUACAAACUGAGACUUUUACCUCCUCGAAACCUCUAUAGCCCCUCCCCUCUCGCUGAGGAGGCGGGGCUUAUGAUGAUAUCUGUACUGUAAUGUGUGUCCACAGCCACCUCGCUCAAAAUGACGCAUGGACCUCUCUUCUCAGUAGCUGGUUGGUGUCACGAUGGCGUCUCUUCAGGAUGAGUUCCCACUUAUGGCAGUAUGCUUUUGGUUAUUUCCCCCUGCCUUUUAUUUACUUUGGUAAACAUGUCACUAUUAUGUGUGUGUUAGAAGCCCCCGCUGUCAUCACACACACACACACACACAAACACACACACACACACAAAAGGAGGAUUUGAACUGAACUCAUCUGGGAAGCGCCAUAAGCCAUAUCCGAGACAAAAACCUGCUCUUUGCCCCUCUCUGGAGCUUUGGAAGCCUUUUUGAUCCAUCUGAUUGGACAAACCCAGCUUCCAUUUGUAGUCCUUCAUGGUGGGUGGUCAUGGGAAAUCGAGUUCUCUGGAUUCUCUAGCAGCAAGGUCGAAGGAAGGUGCGAGAGGCAGCUAAAGAAGAUUUGUUUUCUUUUAUUUUGAAGUACUGCGUGUUGGUAACUUAAGAAAAUAACACAAAUCAUUUUGUACUUUCUGUGUAUGUUUAUUAUUAAUGUUAUUACUGUUGUUAUUAUUAUUGUAUUACAGCAUAAAUGUAAUAUAUUAUUAAAGAAUUAAG